GUUAACGUGGGUAGACCGACUUUUGGAUUUUUAAACCGUAGUAAUGCAAACAUGUUUCCAUUAACUAAACAGGAAAGUGGAAUUUAUCAAGGGAUCCAGCUCAACUGUCUUGCAAUGAAGUUUGGUGAUCAAAACACUCUUAUAGUGACAAUGACUGGAAAGAUAGGCCAAAUGUUCAUGGUAACUUAUGAAAGAAGUGUCGUUUCACCUUUAGUGCUUAACGAAGACAUGUCUUCCUUACCAGAAAUAGGUGUGAGAACCAUUCUUGGUGAUAGAGAUGAUUUUAAGGCACAGUGGGGUCAGUUGCUUGCUAGUCAAGUUGGUUCGCUACUAGCAAAGCAACAAAUACACAAUACGGGUAAUUCGAAAGUACCUAAAUUAUGUUUAGGUCUCCAUGUUCCUUGGGACUUAUCCGAUGAAAAAAAUGGUGACUUGGUAGUCUAUCUUAUGGAGCUGAUUCAAAAAGUACGAGUAUGGUAAUAUUGAAUCCUUGCUAUGACUUUGUUCACAUUUACAUGGAUUAAAGUAUAUAUGCUCAUUUGUUUCUAUCGUAAUCAAUGGAUUUUCAUCAAUCUAUAUCCUAAAUAUCAUUACGAAAAAGUCACUCCUCGACAUAGACCUCCCAGAAAAGAUCAGGAAGUAGGAACUAAUAAUCUAACUGAAAUUUUAAAUUAUCUCUAUAUUUGGGUUGUUGUAUCCUUCCAUGCCGCUGUUUGACUACAAGACUCACUGUAAACAACUCAACCUUGGCUAACUGGCAAAGUCCCUCUUCAGUAAUAGUAAUUCAAUUGAAGAAAUCAAUCACA